CUUAAUUGCCAAAUAGAUCUUAGCCACGGUUGCCUUGGUGAUGUCGAUGAUCGUAUAGCAGGAGGCGGCACCACGCAUGUUCUUCAAAGUUGAAACACGAUGAAGGCUCUUCUGAUAGAAAAGCUAAAGUGGUUGCGCAUGAUUCGGUGAUCACCGUUUCAAAGUGCGCAGUUUCAACAGUGCGCUGCGUAAAACACGACCUGCCUGUGCGGGAGAGAGGACGUGCCCACCCUCCUCUUAGGGAGGGAGGGAGGGGGAGAGAGAGAGAGAGAGAGAGAGAGAGAGAGAGAAAAAAUACUUAGUGGACCGGGGUCCCCUCAGGUGUUUGGCUCCAGUCAUGGCCGGGAACUCAGAGAAAGUACCGAUCGCCUCGGCGGGACCAGAGGACCUGCAGCACUUCAUGCCCCCGGCCUACUCCGCUGUGGCCGUGAAGCCCGCCGCCACCGGCCGCCUCCUCAAGGCCGGCAUCGCGGUGCUCAUCGCCGGGGCUCUCCUCCUGCUGCUGGGAGCCGUCGGAGCUUUCUACUUCUGGAACCACAACGAGAAACACGUCUACAAUGUCCACUACAGCAUGAGCAUCAAUGGCAAAGUGGAGGAGGGCACGAUGGAGAUCGACUCGGCCAACAACAUGGAGCGGUUCAGCACCGGCAGCGGGGCGGACGAGGCGGUGGAGGUCCACGACUUUGAGAUUGGCAUCACGGGGAUCCGGUUUUCAGGGGGCGAGAAGUGCUACAUCAAGACCCAGGUGAAGGCCCGGCUGCCCGACGUGGAGGCGCUCAACAAGGACUCCAUGACCUUUGACCUGGAGGACGAGGUGAUGCCGGCCAAGUUUGAGGACGAUCUGAUCUGGGUGGCGGCGGGCUCUCCGCUCUCGGACUCCGGCUUCCUCAGCAACAAGAUAAAGGACUUGUGUGGAGAGCUGCCCAUCUUCUGGCUCCGCCCCACCUACUCACCCAGCGGACAGCGAGACAAGAGGGCCGCCGGCCGCCAGCGCCGCCAGACGGAGGACGAGGUCAACCCGGAGAACCCGUAUCAGAGAGGCCUUGAGGGCGAGGAGGGCACCAUGAACACGGACCCCAUGCUGGACCACCAGGGCGUGUGCUGCAACGAGUGCCGCCGCAGCUACACCCACUGCCAGAGGGUCUGCGAGCCGCUGGGGGGGUACCAGCCGUGGCCCUACCACUACCGGGGCUGCAGGGUGGUGUGCAGAGUCAUCAUGCCCUGCAACUGGUGGGUGGCGCGCAUCAUGGGCCUGGUGUAAAACACCGCUCCACCCACCUGGGAGCGAGCCAAAGGAACGAGGGAGGGGAGGGGGCGGGGCUUCUUCCUGUCAUCCAGUCUGAGCAGAGACGACUGCGACGACACGAGAUCCAUUUGACGCCUGUAUUGAUUUCAAAUGUGUAUAACGCCCACAUUCCUCUGUAAGAGAAGCGUGUGGAUGCAUCUGUAAUCUCUGAUGUAAAUAAAUGUCCAGCCGGCGUCGUGACAACGCGCUGCACGCGCUCUCACACACCUUCGUCCCAACGAGCUCUCAUCUUCUUCACGAUCUCAACGUUUAAUAUCAGUGAAUAAACCUUCAGUUUGUUUUUAAGUGAA